AUGAAUACUUCUACAACUGCUUCGACUGCUGCCAAUCCAAGCACAAGCAAUAAUGCAAACUCAGCAUCAGCUUCAGGCUCUUCCAAGGGAAAUCCAUCCUCAAAUGAUAUCUCAGCAAGUAAUUCAAAAUCCAUGAGUAAUCGAUCAAGUAUGGUUCAACAUCAUCCUCACCAGCAUAUCAAGAAAAACAGUUUACGAGAUUAUACAGAUAGCAUAAUUAAUAUAAACAUCAACAAAAAUGGCUGUGUGACUCCAACUAUUAACGUAGAAAGAGAAAUGGAAACUGAAGAUGAUAACUCUACUGGGGCCAUAACGAAUAAGAGAAUUUCCGCUACAAUCAAUGCCGACAACAACAAAAUCAACAUGAGCAACAACAACAAUAAUAACGAUAACACUCGCUCUGAUACAAGCAAUGCCAUGAGCGUGAGUGGCAAUAUUACGGUCAAUAAUAGUAAUUCAUCUUCGUCUUUCUUCAAACCAUUUGACCCUCAAACCGGCCAAUUUAUUAAUAAUUCAGAGGACGUAAACAUAAGUGAUAGUGAUAUUGACAUGUCCAACGAAGACCAUGAAGAUGAUGCUUACGAUAAUAAACUUGUUCAGACAAGUGAUGCUAAUGACAAUGUCGAUAUCGAAAUAGAACUAGACGACGACGUUAAUUCAAGGACGAACCAGGAUAUAAGAAUAAACCCAGAGGAUAACGUCGGAAGUGCAGAUAAUGAAAAAAACACAAUCAAAGGAGUGACAACAAUCGCUGAAUCAGAGAAUGAGAGUGAACAACUGUUAUUGGAUAUUAAAAAAAUUAGCAAUAACAAUAAAUUUAGAUCACAAUCAUUACCAAUCACAUUGCAUUCUUCUUUAAGAAGACUCCCCACUUUUGUAACAUCUCAUCCACAAAGUAAAAGCAUCCCUGCCUCAACAGAUCCAUCCAGUUUGAAUGAUAAUAGUGUAGAAAGCAGCAAUCUUAAUAGGUUCAAUCAAGCUCAAAAUCACUCAUCUCUUCAAGGAGGAGGAGGAGUAAAUAAAAGAAAAUACAACAGAUCCUAUCGGUCAAUAUUAAGAGCUACUAACAAACCUGCACAAACAUCACAUCCAUCUCUAUUGUUCAAAAAAUCAUCGCCAGAUGCCACUGACUCCUCCUCUUUUGUGUCGUCGUCAUCCCCACAUUUACCAACUUUUCAAACCAAUUCAUCAAAAAUUAAUAUACAAAAUGAUAUCCCUUCAAAUACAAAAAAUUCAUUAUUCUUCAAAACUAACAAUUCUCAUAACCACAAAUUGAUUUCAUACAGCAAUUUAGACAAUUUAACUUUGGAAGAAAGAAUAGACUACAUUAAAUCUACAUCUGGUCCACUACCGUUGCCUCCAAUCAACCUACAAUGUUUGAAAGAAAUUGAUCUACAAGAAAUUGUGAAAAACCCUCAACUGAGGCAUGAUAUCGUCUUUGAUCCUCUAUUACAAUUUAGACCAAAUUUGGAUGGUGAGAGAGGUUUCAAAAAGACACAACUUGCAGACAAGUACUGGAAGGAUGUUGAAAACGAAUUGUACGUCUAUAUGAGAAGACCAGAGGUUUUUGAUUACAACAAGACACACCUAGUUCCAUUAUUCGACACAUUGAGAGACGUUCUACUGACCACUGUACCUCAAAAAGAAUCUGACAUGAUUAAUGGAAUUUUGGACACUGAAUUGACUGUUCAAGAGUUAAUUAAGGGAUCAUUACAAUUGUCUAAUUUCUCGGAUUGGCUAGCAGAAUUAUUAAAACAUCAUUGUGCACCAAUGAGAGAUCCAUGGGUUGACAAAAUGAAUACCAAAUUCAAAGAAUCUGAAGAAGAAGCAUCAUUGCCAAAAUUAAUAGAGGCUUUGAAGUUAGUUUUCCAAAUUUUAGAAGCAAUGAAAUUAGAUAUCGCAAAUCAUCAAAUUAGAAUCUUGAGACCUGCAUUAUUAAGCAAUGCCAUAGAAUUUGAAAAACAAUACUUCCAUCCUUUGAUGAACUCAAAUAAAAUUGACUUUAAAUCGUCCCUAAACUGGUUCAACAGCAAAGUUAAAGAGAGUGAAGCUGAAAAUUCGAUUAAGAAAGAUCAACUUACAGUCCAGGAGAACUAUAGGCUAUGUAUUAGAUCUAUUAUUAGUUUGUUAUCUUGUCGUAAAAUGGUGAGAAAUUACCCAACUACCUUGGUUUUUGACCAUACAAGGCUAAUAUUACUAAGAGCAGAUCUUCGUCAAGUUGUUUGUUUAUUAAUUUGCAGAUUACUGUUUCAACAAUUAGUUGCUAGUGACACUACAAUUUCACCAAAAAGUAAAGAAUACAUUAAUAAAGAAUACCCAGUAAACAAAUUAAAGAGUGAUAUUUUAAGUAUUAUUAGUGACGAACACGGUAACUGUAGAUGGACUAAAAACAUAAUGUCUAUUUCUAUCCAUUUCUGUAAGGUUAUUAAUGAUCUAAACGUCCGUUUUAUAAAUACUCAAACUCAAAAUUCUGAUUCUAAAAUAUCUGGUGAUGACAAUGUAUCAACUACGACUAAUGUUAACAAAUUACCAACACUAGAUCAAAAUAAAAUCAAUUUUGCCAAGUCCUGGUUAUCCAAACAAACACAACCCUUAAGUGAAGUAUAUGGAGUGCUCGAAAGAAGAGUUUUUACUGCAUUAGAAAAUACAAUAUACGAGAAUGCAGGUUGUACUUUGGAUGGUAGAGUUAAACAAGAUUUUAUCAAUUUUUGUAAUACAAAUACAACUAAUGAUAAAAAAAUUACUUCUACAACACCAAAUCAACAACAAAAAUUGUCGGUUGCUGCAAAUACUCAUAACAAGAAACAUUUACUGGCUGUUACAGAAAUUUCAGAACUGGAAAAUAGUUAUUACCACUUAUAUUCGAUUGUAAACUUCCAUUGGUCAGUAUUUGGUAAUUAUUACAUUGAAUCAUCAAACAAUACAAUGAAAUCAGCAGCCAAUUUAUCAAAAAUUAAAUAA